AUGGAAGAUGUAAAUGUAGAAGACAGUGGAAAAAUUUUGACAAGAGCAGCGAAGAAAGAAUUUGGAAAACAACAGCAAGAAAAAAUAACGCGCAUCGAGAAGGAAAGCAACAGUGAAGCAGAGGAACGAAUAGAAAUCGAAACAAAAACUGCAGAAGGUGUAAGCAACAUCAAUAAAAAAAACGUGGAAAGUGACAUAAACAGCAGUAGCAACAACAAAUCCAGCGAUACGAUCACUAUGGCUAAUACAGAAUUAACAGAUUUAAUACGGUUACUAACGGUUAAGUUUACAAAUGAAAUGUCUAAUUCGAGUACAAAUGGAGAGGAUAUGAUUCCAUGUUUUGAUGGCGAAGCAGGAAUGCCAGUAGAAAAGUGGUCCGAAAAUUUGGAAGAUAUGGCAGAUGCAUAUAAGUGGUCAGACACACAAAAAUUAGUGUUUGCGAGAAAUAAGAUAACCAAAGUAGCAAAACUUUUUGUGCAAACACUAACAACAAAAAAUUACAGUACAUUUAAAACUGAGAUGCUAACGGAAUUUACGCAUACUUAUUCAAGUAUAGAAGUUCACAAUCAACUACGAGAAAGAAAGAAGAAAGACAGUGAAAGCGCCCAUGAAUAUAUUUUACACAUGCGAAACAUCGGUGCAACUGGAUCAGUUGAACAAAAAUCCGUGAUUCAAUAUAUUGUUGACGGAAUCAAAGGAAGGCCAGAAAAUAAAAUGACGUUAUACGCUGCAAAAAACUAUUUGGAGUUAAAAGAGCAAAUAGAAAUUUACGAACGCAUAAGUAAAAUGAAACCGAUGAAUGAAAAGUACGGGAAAAACAAAGAAGUAAAAAAGGAGCAUUGCUACAAUUGCGGCUCAAAAGAACAUAAACGACGUGAAUGCACAGAAAAGCAAAAAUGUUUUAAAUGUAACAAAUCAGGUCACAUCGCAAAAAAUUGCUUAGAAACCAAUCUAGGAGCUAAAAGUUGUUUAAUUGAUGGUGGUGCCGACAUAACGCUGGUAAAACAGAGUUUAUUUAAAAGCAAUUUUGUGCAAAAGCAAGUGGAAAAUUACACUGAAGAAAUUGUUGGUUUCGGCGGUGCAAAAACAAAUCCAGAAGGCAAAAUUUUAUGCGAAAUCGAAUUAGAUAAAAUAAAAUUAGAACACCAUUUGGUAAUAGUACCUGAUUAUGCGGUAAACUAUUACGUAGUAAUUGGUUACGAUGUUUUAAGUAAAUGUAGAUAUACGUCGGAUGAGAACGGCUACAGCUUCACUUUGCUGAUUUCGAAAAUUAAACACGAAGAAAAAGAAAUCAUGAAUAUUACCAUAAGCAAAGAUGAAGUGAAGUAUGAAAAAGAAAUCGAAGAGUUGAAAAAUAAUUAUAAACCAAUGAAAUGGAGUAAAAGUCCAGUCGAAAUGAAAAUUAUUCUAGCAAAGAAAGAACCGAUAUACGCAUCCCCAAGCAGAAAAGCAUCAGAAGAGGCAAAAAUAAUCACAACACAGGUUGAAGAAUGGCUAAAAGGGGGAAUUAUUCGAAAAUCAACGUCACAGUAUUGCAGUCGAGUCGUACUAGCAGCUAAAAAAGAUGGAACAAUAAGAGUAUAUGUCGACUAA